UAAAAGCAUUACCCCACCACCCUAUUUCUCAUCACAAUAACAUUAACACAAGCAAUUCACCAAACACCUAACGUCCACUUUUCAUAACCAUGGCAACAACGUCCCGAAAGCUAGAAAUCACAGUCAUAUCCGCCGAGAACUUGCAAUUAGACCGAAAACCCAUAAAGAAAAACGCCUCUGCUACCGUCCGAGCCGAAAAGGACAGCCAGUUUCGCACCACGGACAUGGACACCGAAGGCGGCGCCUACCCCAAAUGGAACGAGAAGCUUGUGCUCGACUUGCCAUUGCAUGCGAGGUCCUUGACGGUGGAGAUUCAUUGCAAGACUUCUUACGGAGUCAGGACGAUCGGAACGGCAAAGAUUCCUGUGUCGGAUUUCGUGGGCGGGUUUGUGCCUGAGGGCUACCUGCAUUUUUUGAGUUACAGACUGAGAAAUAACAGGGGAGAGAGAAACGGGAUUGUUAAUAUUUCGGUGAGGAUGCAGGCGCCAGAGUUGCAAGCGUGUGCUACGACGUCGUCUCAUUCGAGCGUGGGAUUUCCAGUGGCAGUGGGAGAUAGCAGCUUUGGCGGCGGUGCCGUGGCGACUGGAGUUCCCGUUUGGUACGGGGCGUAUCCGAAAAAUUAUUGAAGAAAAAGGGUUUGAUUAGUUGGUUUAUUAGUCACAAAUCACCAAAAAAUUUGUGCGUAAAUAUUGGAGUAAACUUGUCGAACUACAAACUCCCAAUGUUCAUGAAAAUUUAUGCAACAAUUUAAUUCAUUGUUACUACUUACAUUCCCUGUUUUUUUAUGUUAUCCCAUGUGCUUAAACAAUCUUUGCAUCGUCUUUUGAAUGACAUCCACACUAAUCUUUGCAUUGUCAA